GGGGAAUCCAACGGUGCACGGAAACACAAGGUCGAGACGACGAACUCUACGGCAUACAGCAGCACCUUUCUUUUCUCUCCGUACCCCUUCCCGAUUAUUAUUAUUAUUGUUGUUGCCUCCACUGGGGCCUCCAUGGGGCAAUAGCCCAUACACAGCUGUAACGGAAGAGAAGGAAAAGAAGAGCUUUUACUCACAGUGAGAAAAAGAAAAGCCAAGUAUUGAACCUCGACGUUUCCUCCACGGAUUGUGUCGUGGGGUGUACUUCUUUCACCACGGGGUAUGGCGGUGCCUUGUCGGCGUGUGCUCUGACGUUUGUGGUACUUUCUUUCAUUCAUUCGAUCCCUCUUGUCAGUGGAAGGAAAAACGGCUUCCGAUUUAAUAGACGCCCUUAGCUUUCGUUCUCUCGCCUGCAUUCACCGGCGCACGCACGCAUCCACAGGCCGCAGAUAACUAUAUAUUUUUGUAUAUAUUUUUUUAAAGACGAGCUUUCCUGCCAAGGUUUCGGAACUCAGAGUUGCAGGCAACUGUGUAAACGGAAAAGGAAAGCGCAGCGUUCGAGGUGAUUUCAACUUCGCAUUCAGCGACGGCUGUUUGCCUAAUUGGUGAAUUGAUCGGUUUCAUAUUAUAUAUAUAUAUAUAUUUAUUUAUUUAUUUAUUCAGUUGUCUAUCUCAAAAGGCGUUGUCUUGUGCGUCUUCCGCACUUUGACUUCAGUUGCUGUCGAUCCCUUUUUUCAUUUUCAAGGUUUUUUGUAGACGUUUUUCUUCCUCAUGUCGCUGCGUCGGGCAAAGACGAUAAAAAAGGGAAACUGUCCGACAAGAUAGGCACUCGCAUUCACAAUUACGUGUCCAUUGCAGUAUAUAUAUAUAUCGAGGAGACCCGAGUGAAACAGCGUAGUGAACUGCUCUAUUUAUUUGUUCAUUAAGUUGUUUAUUUUUUGACAAGCUCGUACGUAUCAUGUACGGCUCUGCGGAGCGACCCCCCUCCCCCGCCGCGCUGCCGCAGUCCGACCUGUCUUUACUCGCACAGCGGCAUUACAACUCCCCCCUGUACAGCGUUCAGCGCAGCUCCGUGCCCAUCGCCACCGUGCCCGUCAGCUCCGCCGGAGCCGCCUGCCUCACCGGCGUGCCGGCGGUCGGUAGUAGCCGUCCACUGCUGGCGUCGCCCACGCAGAACCUUUUCUCGGACGGGUUUGCGGGUAUCACCACCCCGCUGCUGUUGUCCCGCAGCAUCCGCGAAUCGACGCUGCAUCGCGUCGAGGGCGGGCUCUCUCGCACGGCGAGCAACUACGCCCCGAGCGUCGACGACACGGACGACGUCCACGGCUCGGCAACGCCGAUGGAGAUGACGGACAUACCGCAGCGUGACGCUAGCAGUGGUAGCGCCGGAGCAGGUAAUGCGUCGAUUAGCCUGCCCGUCACCGCUGUCCACCCACAACUCCCCUCGACCUCCUCUGCAGCGGCGUCCUCUUCCGGUGCAAGCGGCGAGGCCACGACGAUGAACUUCGAGUCGCUCUGGACCAACAUCGAUCGUUACCUCUUCGCCGUUUACACCACCCUGCAGACAGGCGACGAGAGCGCGCUGCGGCCGCUGCGGACGCCGCGGCACCGCAUGGGAUGGUACACCGUCAUCUACAACGCCUGCAGCGGCAGCCCGGCCAAGUCCCGCGAGCUUUACACCCGCCUUGCCCUUCUCCUGCUGCACCUCUUAGAGUCGCACGUGCUCUUUCCCAUUUUGCAGAACGUCGACCACAGCCGAAUACAGUUCCUGACGGGGACGGAGGACAGCAUCGUGGACGAGGUCGCGAGUGCGUCCGUGCGACUGGGCGGCAGUGGGGGCGUCUGCAGCACCCAACAGCAGCAGCACCAACAGCAUCAUCAACAAGUGCAGGCGCAACAGAGUGCGAGCGGCAGCGGGAAUAGCGGUGGCAGCUUUGGUGGUUGGGGACGCUUUCGAAGCAUCGCAACUGGUGGCGGCGGCGGUGGUGGCGGUGGAAGUGCCCGCGCUCGCCAGUCGAAGGACAUGAGUCGCAACUCCUCCUUCAACGGCAGUGUAGCCGGCCACCACCAGGGCAACGCCGCGGCGAACACCGGCAACAAUAGCUCCUUUGGCUUCAUGCGGCGUCUCUUCCAGUCCUCGCACCGCGCGGCGUCGCCGGUGGUGAGUGGGCCCCACGAGGACGUGGACGAGGAGAGGGGCGUGGUGGAGCUCUGUCGGCAAGCAUCAUCACCCGCACUGCCGCUGACGCCGGCCCCCACCUCCGUAGCGCAGCUCCUCCGCGGUCGCACAGGGUGGUCCUCCACCUCGCGGCCCAGCACCCCACUGCAGACUUCCGUCGGCACCAGCAGCGACAACGCGGGUGCCGCAGCCGUCACACGCCACCACAGCAGCGUGGCCUCCGCCCCGAAUGAACUCCACUCUGCCUUUGAGGGCUUCGACAGCACCGUGCGCAGCAACAGCGGAUCGGGGUUGAUGGCGCCGCCGCCACCACCGGCACCCCAGUCCUUCCAUUCCGCCUCCUCCCCCGCCGUCACCGUGGCACGCGUGACAGGUCUGAGGAUUCAAACCAACCUGAGCGCCGGCACCACCGCAGCCACGCCGUCGAACAUGUCGGUGUCGCGCUCUCCGCUUCCGGGCUCGUCGCAGAGCCCGCCGGUUUCCCCGCCGGUGCUGUCGCGUCAGAGCACCGUGCGCAGCACCGUCUCCACUGCGUCGUCUACCCGCUCGCUGUCGGCCACCACCGACACGCGCACCGCCACCUCGACAGCGCCGCCGAGCGCCAUCUCAUCCCACCACACCCGCGUUGCUUCCAAGACGGGCCGGGUGCUCGUGAAUGACGAGGAGGAAGUCCUAUGCGAGGCGAAUACCGUCGCUGCGGCUCGCCGCCCCCCGAAGCGCAGCCGCCCACUGCCCUUGAAGGCACACGGUGGGGUGGAGGUGGCGGCGGCAGCAGCGACGAGCAAGCUCGCGAAGUCGUCACCAGUGCCGCCGCAGCCGCCGGCCUCAGGAUAUGCUAGCGCGCGCACCCACACCAGCGACGACGCCGGUGAUGGCGACUCCCUGCACACCAUGAACUCCUCCCUUUCGUCGCCGCCUUCGAGCCACGGCGCGGAGCACAGCGAGGGGGAGGGGAGUCGCACGCUGACGGGCGGGAGCGCGUCGGGGCCGAGGCGUGAUCACCGUCGUCGUCGCCGCGGUGGUGGUGGUGGUGGUGGUCAUCGCGGGGGCCCACCCCCGGCGCAUCAGGUUGCCGGCCCGCCGAAUGUUGCCGAUGACGAGACAGAAGACUCCACCGCGGUGCCGUCGGCCAACUUUGUGUCUCCCUCCUCCGCGUCCUUGGCGAGCGCCGAAGACGUCGGCUCUCCUUUUCUCUCCAUGGAGCCGUCGAAUGAAACCUACGUGGGGCCCGCAGAGCUCGAGGAAGGGGCGGCGGCAACGGCGGCUACGACCGUACCGUCCCCUGCACAACAGCAGCAGCCAGCAGCAGCAGCAGCAGCAGUGACAGCGUCAAGCGGAGGCUGCACCACUGCCUCCUUGCCGAUGAAAAGAGGCGGCAGCGCGAGUGCGCCCGCCUCGCCAACCUUUGCUGCGGGCGUGAGCAGCGGAGGCCCUAGCCCGGCCUCCCUGCCGCGUCAGGCAAGCAGCAGCAGCGGUCAUGGAUGGUGCAACACCGGACGUGAGACAGCGGUGCCGCUGCGUCAGUCCUCUUCCCCGCGGGCGCUGAGUCCACCACACACGUUACCGCAUUGCAGCGGCGACGCCGCCGGGUCGAACGUCUACGGCGCCCGUCGCUUCAGUCUGUGCUACACCUUCAUCCAGGAGUGGCAGACCUUUCUGAUCUUUCGCGGUGUCGUCCUCUCCUGCUUUCGGUACCUAGAUCAGUACUACACCCGACGCUACGGGAUGGACACCAUCACCCUCAUGUGUUUUAAAGUGUUCUACGUCACCGUCUACGAGCCGCUACACCCCCUUCUCGUGCUGGAGCUGCGGUACCUCACGCAGUACGUGCGCGAGGUCUUCGAAACGACGGGGCAGAUCGCGUGGGAACAGAUGGAGCUCAUUCAAGCCACCUACAACAUCAUGGCGGAGCUGGUGGUGCUGGUGCAGUCUACCUCCUCGUACAUGGUAGCCCAGCAGCAGCAACAGCCAAAACCGAUCAGCUGGGGCGUCGGCGGAGCCACCGUAACCAACACCACAAGCAGCAACGCCGCCGCCGCCGCCCUCACCUCGCACGCACUGGUCGAGACGUCGCGCAGUCGCACCAACAGUCGUGGCCGCGGCGUCGGUGCUGGUGGGGGUGGGACAGACAGCAGUGCCAGCAGCGUGGGGAGUACACCUCGCCUGGACUCGUUAGAGAUGCAGAGCCGGGCCCCUUCCACCACCUCCCCGACCGCUGCAACGACUGCUGCAGCAGCAGACCGCCUUAACGACUCGCGCUACCACGUCAGCCGUCGACGGCGCCUUCUUUCCCUGUUCUCCAGCAAACGGCAGCACGGCGAGGCCUCCGCGGCCAAGGAGGAGCCGCGGUCAACGCCGCUGCAGACGACGAGUCCGGGCGACAGCGUUGAGGCUGCCGGCCACCCUUCCGCCUUUGAAAACCGUCGUCCCAGUGUCUCGUGCGUGGCGCGCUCGGUGAACUCGGAAGGCGGCGGCGGCGGCCUCUCGGUCGCCGACAAGGCACUGGAUGGGGAGGACACGGCGCGCGUUCUCGACAGCCCCAGUUCCGCAGGGGCCUCUCCGCUGAGCUCGCCGGGGGUGUCGAUGGUCGUCGUGGACCUCCGCGGCACGGUGGAGCUGCGCGAUCGCCUGGAGGGCCACACCGCCGCACACAACCUCACCACGCAGGCGCUGAAGCAGUGGGAGGGUCUUGCGGCGGAUCGCCGGCUGCGCAACGGCACCAUUGUCAAGGAAACCGCCAAGCCCCUGGCCGUGAUGGUGAUGGAGGACAUGGGGAAUGAAUACGUCGCCGGCAUCUACAGCUUCUACCGCUGCGCCAGUGAUGCCCACCGACGCACCGAGGACGGCCGCCACCACUACGUAGAGUGGGCGGUGGCCGUGAAGGAGUUGGAGACGCACGUGUGGCGACGGGUGCAGCUGCCCUUCCUCCACACCGCCUUGCGUUCCGCAUUGAAUGAGGUGCUCGUGGUGGAGCAGCACCGCAACAUUCUGCUGGAUCGUCAGUUUGGUCUGCGUGCGUUGCUGGACGAAUGGAGUUCCAGCGUGAAGCGCAAUGACCUUGCCUUGGCCCCUCAGGUUUCCGGUGGUGUUAGUGGUGGUGGUGGUGUAUCGGCGGCGCUGCUCGGCCCGGUGGCCGGCAACACCAGUUCCUUUCUCACCCCCUCCCCGUCCACCAGCCAUUCUCUCGUCAAGGAAGCCAGCGAGUUCUUGGAGGCAUCGAUGCAGGUCGGGCGGCGCAGCGCAGAGCAGCACUUCAUCUCGGCCUUUCCACGCCACCCGCCCCCACGCCUCCUACCGUCUGACCGGCAGAGCCGCGGAAAUCCCUCGCAAGCCCCUCUGGCUACGGCGUGGGUUGAGGACACGACAGCUGCAGCCCCUCACCGGGAGGAGAACAGCAGCUGGCGAUGGGAGCGCGUGAGUAGCGCCUCGGCGGUGAUCAGCUCGGCAACAGCCGCGGCGAGUGCGGCGAGCGCUGGACUCUCCGCACUGGGUCGUGGCAGUAGUGAACUGUUGGUGGAGCGAGUCGGGGCGCGGGUGGGUGGGGGCGACAUCAGCGAGCCGACAACACCGCAGUCUGCUACCCACCACGACCCUGUCACGGGCUCUCCCACGACGACUCCUACACCUACGACGGGAGAGACGGCAGCAGAGGCGGCAGCAGCGAAAGCAACACGCGCAGGAGGCGACCUCGUCGGCACAUCGCCGGAGGUCGUGCAGACGCAUGGGCAGAGCAUGGGGGACCAAAGUGCGUUGGGUGCAGCUUCUGCACCGCCGGCGGUGGCGGCCCUGCAGGUCCUCUACAGCCUCUUCAGUGACGUCACGGUGGAUGAGUGCUUUGUGCUGAUGGCGGCCGUCUUCAUCACCAAAUUUAUCCGCGACGCCGCGGACCUGUUUGAAGACUACGUCGACAAAACGACGGCUGUCUCCGCUGGUCCUUUGUCACCGCAGCCCCCCGUCGGACCUGCGGCCGCCGCUGCGGCCGUGGCCAACGCCGGCGUUCAGCUCGCGACUGCGCUCGUCGACCUCAUCGACCGCUACACCGAACUCGUAGAGACGACGUUUCAGAGCCAACCCCUUCUUCGCCAAGCCGUGGAGGACGCGGUGGAGGAGGUGAUGUGUCCCACGCGGUGGACCAAGAAGGGGUCGCUGCGAGCGGCGCAACACCGGGCACAGGAGAUGCUGAUGGCGGCAGCCGCGGCAGCGGCGACCUCGGCAAGCACGAAUGAAGACGGCGCCACCACCUCCCCCGCCACACCCACACCGGAUUUGCCCAGCGUGUUGCUGAGCCGUGAUGCUCGGCACGCAACGCUGCCGCUCGUCUCUCUCGCCACCCGCCAUCCACAAGCCGUGCAGCGGCUGCAGCUGUCGGUGCUGCUGGCCCGCUACGCCGACGCCUUUCUCACGCAGGAGCGCGGCGGUGGCCGUGUGGUGAGUGGCGACAUCUUUAAACGCCUGCGUCUCAUCGGCCGGCUGGUGUCGUUGCUGGAAGACAAGGAUACCUUUCUCGAGCACUACCGACUGUGUCUGGCACGACGCUUGUUGGGCACGUCCGGGUCGGCUGCUCCGCCGUCUACUACUGUUGCGGCUGCGGGGCGAGAGCUGGAGCCCGCCACGCCGCCGUCCUCCUCCUCCUCCGGCUUGUUGAACCUGGAGGCGGAGCGGCAGCUCGUGAGCUGUCUGCAGUCGUACCUCGGUGCCACGGGCACACACGCCUUCGAGGCGAUGCUACGCGACUACGAGGGCACGCAGCGCACACGCGACCUCUUUGAACAGGAGCCGGCCUUUGCGGCGCUCUCGGCGCCAAUUCACGUGCAGCUCAUCACCUCAGCCCAGUGGCCCAUGUACACGAUGCCGCCCUUGACGCCGCACGUCUCUUUGCAGCAGGGCAUGGACGUGUUUCGCGGCUACUACGCCACCAUUCACCCUUCCCGCACGCUCCUGUGGGUGUUCAGCCUCGGUACGGCGACGCUGACGGCGGAGAUGGCGUCGGGCGCCAAGAAGCAGAUUGUCGCGAGCACGCUCCUGUCAACGCUGCUGCUGGUCGUUAGCGACGCCUACAACGCACGCCCCGGCUGCGCAGGGUCGAUCACCGGCGCGCAGAUCGCCCGACGGGUGGGAAUGCCUUUUCACGCCCUGCGCACACAUCUUCACUUACUCUCCCAGCACCGUGCCUUCAACUUGCUUCGGUACAUUCCUGCUAAUGCCGCGGCGAAGGCGGUGAAGGACGUGAGCGCGUCCGCGGCCGCCAUGACGGAGAACGACAGUUUUACCUUGAACCCAACCUACACGCACAAACUGCGCAAGAUCCGCCUGCCACUGCCCAAGACGCGGUUGACGGGUCUCCCUUCGAGUGAAGCUGCGGCGGAUCGGGCGAUGCCCUCCGCGACGGAAGGCGCAGACGCAGCAGCAGCGGCCGCAGGAGGAGGAAGAGUCACUCCAGCAUUGGAGUCGGAGGAUGCGGUGGUACAUCGGCACGUGAACGCGUCCCGUCGUUUGUUGCUGGACACGGCGCUGGUGCGGGUGUUGAAGAGUCGGCGCGUGGUGUUGUUUGAGGAUCUGUUUCAGACCGUCGUGACGCAGCUGUCACGGCAGUUUGUGCCGACUCGACGUGAUGUGAAGGCGCAGCUGGAAGGUCUCGUCGACCGCGAUUACGUGCGGCGCAGCGCAGACGAUCCGAACGAGUUUGUGUAUGUCUCGUAG